CCACUUUAGAAUUCCUUAAAGCUUCUACAUUAUAUAAUAUGUCAAAGUUCUUACGUAAACAAUGGAUAAAAGAAAAAAUAUUAAAUUAUCUAAAUGAUAUUGAUGAACCUGUUAAAAAGCCUAUAAGAGCUCAAGUAUUAGAGAUUUUUACAGUUCGAUUGGAAACAAAUAAUUUGAAAGAAAAAGUCUGUGCCAAAAUCCACGAUAAAGAAUUUUGCAUUCGAUGCUUCUUUAGUGAAGAAUGUAUUCAAAAAUUUGAAAG